GGCUCAGCACAGUCACAAAGCGACAGGUUAGCCCACAGUUCUGACCAACAAGCCUCACCUUCGACUAGUCUUCUUAUCCAUCUUGGUCAGGCACCAGGGGCUUCUUGUUCAUAAGCUGUAGUGGGCAUCUUCCUGAUCGAUCAUCUGUUCCAGUUUAUAUACCCGCCACCAGUCCACCAGAGCUGUGCCAUCCAUCAAAGACACCAGCAUUCCGAGUCUAGUCUUUAAAUCUCUUACUGCAAACCCUGAUAUGACUUCAGAGGUGAAAGGGCUGGCAGAGCAUCCGCUAGUGAGACCCGGAUUGCCUAGAGCUGAAAGGAAGGAGAAUGGAACAGGCCACUCAGGGGGCCGCCCAGGAGCAUCUUCCCAGGAAUCGGGGGAGGCCCGUCUUGCUUAGCAUAUUCCCAGGCCACCUCCACUCCACCAGGGGACCUCCCUCCAGCCAGGGCCAGCAAGAGAAGGAAAUGCAAAAAGCCACCAGUCCAAAGGCAGAGCUCCAGCCUGGGAAGAAGCCAGAGAACCUUCCAAGGAGCCACGGGGAGGUUGGGCUUCAGAAAGAGCCAGUGGUCCCAGGCAUUGUGGAUUUCGAGCCGAUCCAGGAGGAGCUGAAGACCACAAAGCCCCAGACACUGCAAACACCCAGUGCCUACCGCUUUGGACGCCUAAGCCACCAUUCCUUCUUCUCCAGGCACCACCCCCAACCACAACGAGUGACUCACUUCCAAGUUACAGGAAGAAAGGACCUGAAGAAGUCCCUGCCCCUCACCACCUCUUUCCAGCCCCCUGGAGCUCCUGGGGUCCAGCCCACGGAUCUCACUCCCUCUGCAGAUAUCUCUGGGAAGUCCGUCUGCAUGAUCAGGGACGCGUUCUCUCUGGCGGCCUUGACUCAGCCCGCAUUCUUAUCCCGCUGUCUGAUGGGGAUGCCCACCAUCUCUGUCCCCAUUGGGGACCCGCAGUCUAAUCGGAACCCCCAGCUUCCUACUUACGAUACCUGGAGGAAGAAUUUAAAGGACCUGGCUUCCCGAGUGACUGUCUUCACUAAGGAAAUCGAGUCAAAGACCGAUGAGCAGAAGGAAGAGCCUCCUCUGAGGGAUCCUCCUCCUCCGAGAGAGCAGGGGGCCACGUACUCAGCCGAGACUGGUAGGCUUAUCCCUGCUUCCAGCCAAGCCCUCACCCGCCGCAACCGCCAGAGCCAGCGGGGCUACCCUUCUAGCAAAGAUGGCGGAGUCCAAACCUCCACGCUGCAGGACCAGGAGCUGCUGAUCUUGGAACUUCUUUGUCAGAUUCUACAAACAGAUUCUCUAAGGGCUAUUCAGUUCUGGCUACUUUACGCACCACCAAAAGAAAAAGAUUUAGCUUUGGGGCUUCUGCAAACUGCCAUGGCUCAGCUCAUCCCCCAGCCCCUCCCCUCCAUCCCAGCCGAGAAGCUCUGGAAUCAUCUCCAAGAUCUUCAAGAGCCUCCUCAAGAGACACUACAGGCUACCUACAGUCCAUCCCUGAAGAAGACGAGUACACCACCUCUAUCCAAGAGAGACAAACCAGAGUACAUAGGCAGAGCCCAAGUCCUCCUAGUUUCCAGCGAGGACCCGGAGGAGAAAAUGACCAAGCCAAAGGCUGAAAGCUGAGGCGCACAGACCGGACAGAGACUUCUUUCUGCCUAGCUCAAAGGCAGCUUCUCAGCUUGGGGAGGGGAGGGGCUCCUGUCCGGCUACCUCUCAACUCCAGCCCCUGGCCUCCAACAGUACUCUACCAAAUAAAAUACUGCUCCCCCUCCCUGGAUGAGGGCAGUUCCACCCUCCCU